CUCUUUCCACCCCCUCUUACUUCCCCAAAUCCCCCCGGUUUCCCGAGAAACCCAGAGAAAUCAAAAACCUCCACCUCCACAAUGGCGGUUCGAGCUACAAUGUCGCGAUUUCCAAUGGAAGAAGAUGUGCAGGAAUCAUCAGGACUACCGUGGGGAAUAACAGUUACGCCAUUUGCUUCCAAAGACGAGAACGGACUGUCUCCUGUGUACGGAUCGAACGGCGAUUUGCUACCUCGCUGCGAGAACUGUUACGCUUACUUUAACACGUACUGUGAGCUUGAUCAGUGGGCCUGGAAUUGUAGUCUAUGUGGAACCCUCAACGGACUCGACUCUCAAGCCAUCUCGCGUUACUCGCAUCCUCAGUCUUGCGCUGAGAUGAUGUCCUCUUUUAUCGAUCUCGAGUUUCCUAUGGAGGGAUCGGAUGAAGAAAUGAUGCAAGCCUGUCCGGUUUAUGUUGCGGCGGUUGACUUGUCGUCUUCAGAAGAAUUUUUGGAGCUUACUAAAAGUGCAUUGCAAGCAGCUUUGGAAGCUCUUGCUCCUGGUUCUCUAUUUGGGCUUGCUACCUUUAGCCACAAAAUGGGGUUGUAUGAUGUUCAAGGGCCCAUUCCAGUUGUAAAGAAUGUUUUUAUUCCUCCUGAUAUGGAAGGAACCCUUCCAACUGAGCUCGAAGAUGUCAUGCCUUUGUCACAAUUCUUGGCCCCUGUGGAAACCUGUAAAGACCGUAUUACUGCUGCACUUGACACUCUCAGACCAACAACCUCAUGGGAGAGAACCACAGGUGCAGGACAAGGACUAGAUGGAGUUCUAAUGGGCGGGCGAGGUUUUGGUGUGGCAAUGGAAGCCCUGUUGAAAUACCUUGGGUCAGAAUACGGAAAUACAUUUGCUUUAGCUAGAGUUUUCGCUUUCAUAUCCGGUCCUCCUGAUUAUGGUGCUGGGCAAUUAGAUACAAGAAGGUAUGGUGAACAAUAUGCUAGUAAAGGAGAGGAUGCAGACAGGGCUUUGCUUCCAGAGCAGACUCCAUUUUACAAAGAUCUGGCUGCUGUGGCUGUCCAAGCAGGUGUUUGUGUGGACAUAUUUGCUGUAACAAAUGAGUAUACGGAUCUGGCAUCCCUCAAGUUUCUUAGUAUUGAAAGUGGAGGCACAUUGUUUCUCUAUUCAAACACUGAUGACUCAACACUUCCUCAGGAUAUGUAUCGGAUGCUUAGUCGACCAUAUGCUUUCGGUUGCAUACUGCGAUUGAGGACAUCUUCUGAAUUCAAACCUGGUCAUUCUUAUGGACAUUUCUUCCCAGAUCCACAGUAUGAGAAUGUCCAGCACAUUAUUUGCUGCGAUUCUUUUGCCACAUAUGCUUAUGACUUUGAUUUUACAAGUGCUACUGGAUUUUCCAGAUAUGCAUCAGAACAACCAGUACUACAGAUAGCAUUUCAAUACACAGUUGUUGUGCCUCCUGAGGAGCUCUCAUCUCCAAGAUUGGUUUCUGCUAGUAGAGGCAAGCAUUUGCUUAAACGUCGAUUAAGAAUCAGAACUUUGCAAUUUGGUACUGCUAGGAAUAUGAAUGAACUUUAUGACAAUGUUGAUUCUGAAGUUGUUCUAUCAAUACUUGUCCACAAGGUUAUAUUAGCCUCUUUGGAGCAAGGAGUCCGGGAGGGCAGGAUGUUGCUUCAUGAUUGGCUCGUAAUCCUCACUGCUCAGUAUAAUGAUGCCUCUAAAAUUGUCCAGUUUAAGAAUGGUGGUUCAUUAACUGCUCAGGUAGAUGUUGCAUUUUCACAGUGCCCACAAUUGCAGCCCUUGCCUCGCCUAGUUUUUGCUUUGCUUCGAAAUCCUCUUCUUCGCUUCCAUGAAGAAGGUGUUCAUCCUGACUACCGGAUAUACCUCCAAUGUCUUUUUAGUGCACUGGAACCCAGUUCCCUUCAACGUGCUAUAUAUCCAGUAUUGACAUCAUAUUCUACACCAGAUAAACAAGCUUAUCCUCGCCACUCUUUGAGUCGUGCUGUACUGAUUACCAGUGAUAGUCCAAUAUUUUUCCUUGACGCUUUUACAACUUUAAUUGUGUUCUAUUCUUCUACAGCAGACCCAGCACUUCCUUUCCCUCCACCCCAAGAUUGUUUAUUGAGAAGCACGAUUAACAAACUGAAGCAAGAAAGGAGUAUCACUCCGAAAUUGAUUUUUAUCCGGGGAGGGCAGGAUGAUGCCUCUGUUUUUGAGAACUAUCUCAUUGAGGAACAGCAUGUUGAUGGUAGUGGCUUUGCUAGUGUCAUGGGUUUUGUGUCUUUCCUUGAAGAUGUAACGCAGAGCGUGUUGGAAUACAUGAAAUAGAAGAUGAGAUUGGAACCUGCUCAUGAUUUACCAGGCGCGGGAAGAGGCAUGUCUACCGAUUCAUGGAAGAAAUGUGCAUAUUUACACAAUCCACUUGCAGGUCAGAACUCUGAUUCGCCUAUCAAGAUUUGAAAGUGCUGUAUCAUCCUGGAUUCAAAGUGGUGGAUUGUUGAUUAUCAAUCGCCUACUUUAACCCGUUGGAUCGCAAAUUAUAUCAAGUCAAACUCUGGAAUAUACUCAUCAUCUUUAUAAUUCAAAAUUGCAGUCAUGGGAGAUCUGUCCCACUUCUUGAUUAGAUUAUGAAUACAGGUUAAUCAAAUUGUACUGUGAGUUGCUUUCUUCAAGAUUUUUCUUUUCUUUUUCCCCAUCGUGUAGUAAUCGGAUCAGUUUGUUAGAUUGAGAAAACGGUAGAUAGAUUUCCGGGAGUAAUCA